CAGUGACACAGAACUCACAUCACAGGGAGGCUCAGUGAAGAAGUUUGUAGAGGUCUUAAGUGAGAUUACUGACAAUUUCAGAAGGUGUGAGGUCAACAGGACUCCCUCACCAUGGCAGGGUUGAUUGUUUUCUUGCUGCUCAGUGCUGCCUUUUCUCUGGGAGAUCCACAUUGGCGGCCACACAGGUGCCCUGGGGAAUGGCGCCAGUUUGGUUCCCAUUGUGUCAUUUUCGAUGAGACUCCAAGAUCUUGGGCGGAUGCGGAGUUCCACUGUCAGUCUCUUGGUGGACACCUGGCCUCAGUACACAGCUGGCUGGAGUCUAUAUUUCUGGAGGCGUUGACUUUUGAUUUACCUUUGACCUGGAUUGGAGGAACAGAUGGUGGUCAGCCAGAGAUGAGACAGUACAAGAGCUGGUCCUGGACUGAUGGCUCUGGAUUUAAUUACCAACAGUGGGCAGAAGGAAAGCCUAACAACUCUAUUGCUGGAGAGUCGUGUAUUCAGAUGAACUUUGGAGGUAAGCACAAGUGUCCAAAAAGAUGGUUUGAGUUUCAGUCACAAUGCUUCCUGAUUGACAAGACUGCGAGGACCUGGCGUGAAGCAGAGCACAACUGUGUGUCUCUGGGCUGGAACCUAGAGUCUGAGCAUGAUUCCGACAGCUACUCUGGACACUUGGCAUCGGUGCACAACCCUGAGGAAUUCCAGUUCCUGCAGGCACUAACACAGACUGUGAGCCUCUCGCUCUGGAUUGGAGGUUCAGCCCAGGAUGGACGAUGGUCCUGGAGUGACGGCUCCAAAUUCAACUACAAGAUCUGGGCCAAAGGAAAGCCGGAGAACUUUGAUCCUGCCAGAAGGCCAUGUAUCCAGAUGAACUAUGGAGAGAAACACAGGUGGAAUGAUGCAACGUGUGGGAUGAAGUUUCCCUCCCUGUGUUCUCUAAGGACAGAGUAGAUCUGGCAGAAUCAGACUUCAGUGUCACUGAACAGACUAAGGAUAAAAAAAAAGCAUGAAUGUUCUGGUGAAUGCUCCUGAUUUGACUAAUAAAACAAGUGCACACA